GCACCAUGAGCUCCAGGCUGUGAGCGCCGCUGGAGCGCGCGUCCGUUUGCAGUCAGCGCUCGCGCGAGCGAAACGCCGCUGCACGCGAACUGGCAGCUUACAAGAAAGACAAGCUAAUCUCGCCUGUAGAGCGGGGUCACGAAGCCGUGCAUGGCAGUUACAGCCUGGAUGUCGUGCGAUCCAGUAAAUACGUAUGCAUUAGAUAUCGGAGAGCUGGUGUCGGUAUUGACGAGAGAAGGGCUGUUUAGUCCGGCUCUGCACGUUUGAAUUCAGUGAAACGCUGCAGGUGAACUUAUUUGUACUUUUUUUUCUUCUUCACGCGCGUGGCAUUUAAAACGAUUCUCCCAACUAUGUCACGUUUUUAAAUUAUAUUUUGAAGGAAAAGUUAUGGAUGAAUAUUUGAGAAGAGUGUAGCGUUUUCGCGAGUCCUUUUCUUAAAGAAACUGUGACUAAAGACUAUUCUGCCUCGGCUUUAGUGGAGGAGGUUUGGGGAGGUGACCGCCUCAAGUUCCGUAUAAAAAAUGUAAGGAAGACGUAAAAACAAAAGAAUUGUCAUCGGACUCCUAAAUAUUUUAAGUCGAUUCAUGCCCUGACCCUCCCACUGGAGCCAUGCGGAGGGGACAGCUUCUAUCAAUGCUACUGUUUGUGCUGGCUGCUGAGGACGGCCGCUGCGAUGAGCUGAGCACAGAGGAGUCAUUUGUGGUGCCAACCGGCUUGGAGCUGAAGGUUUCUCGAGGACAGAUCCUGUCAGCGCAGUUCGAGUGCUACCUGAAGAUCAUCACUGACCCUCCUAAUGCCAAGAAUGGUCCCUACUGCAACCGCACAUGGGACGGCUGGCUGUGCUGGGGCGACUCCCCCCCAGGAACGGCAAUGCAGUUUUGUCCUGAGUACUUCCAGGACUUCGAUCCCUCUGAAAAGGUGACAAAAGUGUGCAACCCCGACGGCCAGUGGUUCCGUCACCCAGAAAGUGAUCGCAUUUGGUCGAACUACACCCAGUGCACUGCUUACAUCCAAGAGAAACUCAAGUUUGCUUUCAGCUUGUACUACCUGGCCAUUGUGGGCCAUGGCCUUUCAGUGGUGUCCUUGCUGAUUUCUCUUGGUAUCUUCUCCUGCUUCAAGAGUCUCAGCUGCCAGAGGAUCUCACUCCACAAGAACAUGUUCCUCUCCUUUAUCCUGAACUCCAUCUGCACAGUCAUCUGGCUCUCCGCUGUGGCCAACAACCAGCAGCUGGUGGAACGAAACCCUAUAGGCUGCAAACUGUUGUCUGUCCUGAACCUGUACAUCUGUGGAACAAACUACUUUUGGAUGCUGUGUGAGGGUAUCUACCUGCACACCCUUAUCAUCGUGGCCGUGUUUGUUGGGGAGCAGCAGUUGGGCUGGUACUACGUCCUGGGAUGGGGCUUUCCCAUCAUCCCCACUGUCACACACGCUGUGGCUCGGUGGCUCUUCUACAAUGACAACUGUUGGAUCAGCUCAGACACCCACCUAGUGUACAUCAUCCAUGGGCCCAUUCACGCCGCCCUGCUGGUGAACCUGUUCUUCCUGCUAAAUAUCGUGCGGGUCCUUAUUACCAAACUGAAGGUUACCCACAGUGCCGAGUCCAACGUUUACAUGAAGGCAGUGCGAGCCACCCUCAUUCUGGUGCCACUGCUUGGCGUGCAGUUUGUCCUGGUACCCUGGAGACCUAAGGGCCGUCUGGCUCUGGCCAUCUACGACUUCAUCAUGCAUAUCUUCAUGCAUUUCCAGGGCUUCUUGGUGGCAGUCAUAUUCUGUUUUUGUAAUGGAGAGGUGCAGGCGGUGUUGAAACGGCACUGGAGGCGGUUUAAGGUCCAGUGCAGAGGACGCCUGAUGGGAGUUGACUGGCACUCCAGCUACCAUACCAACUCCUCCAUUACUGAGAUGAGCCGCGCCAGCAUUAGCCUAAAACCCAGUGGGCCAGAGACGCAAGUGAACGGGCUGAGCAACGGCAGCCACUGCUCCAGCGGCGACCAGGAGGGCCCCGGGCAGGAGGGCUUGGAGACGUCUGUCAUCUGAGCAAACAGCCACCAUCCCCGACCCACCACUGCCAGUCCCAGCAGCAUCACCCCCCCCCACAACAAGAUGGUGACAAUGACACUGUCAAAUGCUAAAUCACAUUAGGCUCUGUCCACAGGAGGUGGGUGCAAACAUUUAGCAGCACACACUGAAAUGGGAUGAUGAGCCAGGCCACGCUCGCAGGCACAGCAGUUUGUCCAUUCAUCGCUGUGCUCUUCGGAGUUCAGUGAUACAGACGCUCGCACCCUCGCCCCGCCUCUGUAGAGAUGCUCCCUGUAGAGUCUCUGUGCUCCCUGGGGCGUCGUUCUGACAGGAAGCUGCGCGUGACCAGAACCUUAGACUGACUGCAGUAACAGCCAACUUCCUGAAUCCCAGAAAAGCCCCCAUUUUGGGGGGGUGCAGUGUAACCUGGCUUUUUGUACCUGAACUGUUUGACACCCAAUUUGCUACUCCUGCAUAUAUUAUUCAUUUGAAUUUUUUUUUAUAUAUAUAAUUGAUGUUCCAUGACGACAGAACCGAUAGGGUAACUGGCAGGUUUCAAAGCCUAUCCAAUGGGGGUGGACCAGUCUCUUCAUCUACCAAUCAGGGGGCUUAUAUAUCAAGGGAGGAGGAGGCAUGACAUACGCUGGUGGACAAAAUUGGGGAAACACUUCCAAUUUUUAGAGAUUGCAGAACUUUAUUGAACUGUUGCUCCAGUUACUUAUUUUAAUCAUCCAGUGAAUAUUUGUAACAUUCUUUGUCUAUAAACAUUACUGUCAAUAUUUGUGUAAUAAUUUUUAAGGCGUAAUGCCAAGAAUGCUAGAAUUUUGGCCACUAGCUUAUUCUUGUCUAACCACUGUCCUAUGAAUCUGAGUGAGCAGUGAUGAAGCGGAUAGAGGGGAAGAGCUAGGAAGGCCUGGCAUUGGUUGUUAUGCACAGACCGUGCGAAUGUGAAAGUUUUCACUGUGGUCUGAAAUUACUGCCGGUGAAGAGGAUGGCUGCCUUGACAGCCAGCAUCUGAGCUGUAUGACUGGCUGGCACCAGUGUCCAGCCUGGGCCUGACUUUUCCCAAAAAGAAAGAGCCAUGCAUUGAACAUAGCUGAAAGGCAGCAAUCAGUGUCCUAAGAGGAGCACACAACCCAAAGUGUCUGAGAGUACGCAACAAAAUUGACUCUGCAGAAACUGGCCAUUUGCAGGAAGAGCCAGAGCAAUUUGUGUUGGAGAAGCAGCAUAGAUAAAGUGAGUAGGACCCAUGUAUGUGUGCCGAGUUAUAAAAUAAGCCCUUGUAGGGCAGGUGGAUAAAUAAUAAUUAAUUACUGCCUAGACAAAUCAUCAGCAAUAGGAGAACAUCAAUCUAAUAUUCCAGAAUGUUACACCAAGACAUUCCAGUUGAUAAUGACUUUAAUUGCAUUUAAACAUUAUAUGCACUCUUGAUUCAAACUCAUAUAACUGUAAAAUGGUAUGACAUAUAUACUUUUUCACCUUAAUGAUGUACUGCAGAAAAGAGAGGAUUUUUAAAUAAAAGAGUUCAAGCCUGAAAA